UGCAGAUAAACAAAAGCAAGCAUAAGAUAUUUCACUUCUCACACACAUAAGAUUAUUAAGAUGGGUACGUGGUUCACAAAUGCAAAGCCCUAUCUGAUGUUAUUGGCAGUUCAAUUUGGGUCUGCAGGAAUGUUCAUAUUUGCCAUGGAUGCUAUAAAGAAGGGUAUGAGUCAUUACGUGUUCAUUGUCUACCGUAAUGCCAUCGCCUCUAUAACUCUUGCUCCCUUCGCAUUUGUUCUUGAAAGGAAGGUUAGGCCCAAGAUGACUGUCCGGAUAUUUUCUGAGAUUAUGGCGCUGGCUUUCUUCGAAAUAAUACUGGAUCAGUGCUUCGCACUCUUGGGCAUGAAAUUCACGUCGGCGUCGUUCCUAUCUGCUGUGAUGAACUCCGCACCCUCUGUUACUUUUGUUAUGGCAGUCAUUCUAAAAUUGGAGCACAUGAAGAUGAAGGAAGUAGCAUGUCAAGCUAAAGUGAUUGGAACAAUAGUAACUUUUGGAGGCACCUUGCUAAUGGCACUAUACAAAGGUCCCAUAGUUAGUGUCAUGGGAUCUUCAACUAGCCAUGCUGGCCAACCCGAGAAUGUGAACAGCCCCACUGGUAACCACUGGAUCCUGGGGACAUGUUUCCUCCUCAUUGGUUGUGCCGGCUUUUCUGCGUUUUACAUAUUACAAACCAUAACAUUGAGAAAAUACCCAACAGAGAUGUCGCUGGCCACUUGGGUUUGCUUUGUUGGUGCACUUCAAAGCUCUGUUGUAGCAGCCAUCGCUGAACGCCACCAUCCUCAUACCUGGGCCCUUGGUUGGGAUACUCGACUCUUUGCUCCUGCUUACGCGGGAAUAGUUACAUCUGGAGUUCAGUAUUACAUACAAGGCAUGGUCAUAAAAUCAAUGGGCCCAGUUAUUGUGACUGCUUUUAAUCCCCUGCGUAUGAUCAUUAUUACCACCUUGGCCUGCAUAGUCCUAUCUGAACAACUCUACCUUGGAAGUAUUAUUGGAGCGAUAGUUGUGGUUCUUGGGCUCUAUCUUGUUGUGUGGGGAAAAUAUAAAGAAUGCCACGGAAGACCAAUGCCACCGUCCCUUACAAAGGAUACUUCUCCUGAAGACCAACGGCAACUACCGGUCACAGCUCCUAAGAAUGAUACCAAUGAUAAUAAGGGUUAAUUAUAUUUUUCACAUCAAUAAUAAGGCUUGAUUAUAGUCCACCACCAUGGUGAAAGAAGUGAUGUGGAAGGCACAAUAUCAAUGAGAAAGUCAGCAAAACUAAGCAGGCCUCUUUGUUGAAUUAGAAAUUGGUGUAGCAUCCCCGUACGAUUAUUCACACUGAUCCAAAAUUCUGAGGUCAAUGUCAUGAACAUGUUGAACCAUGCAAUUAGUGGGAUAAGUGGCAUGACGAUCGAUGGAAUCUAUCAUAUAAAUAGUGGUCACUUAGAUUUGCGUCAUUAUUGAUGAGUGACCUGAUUUGCUUUCGAUUCACCAUAUAUACAAAACUUCUGACUAAUUAGCUUACAUAUUCAACUUUUGAGUAUUCCAUUUUUUU